UGGCCUACUGCGUCGCGAGCGUCUCCGUACGUUCUCACGAAUUACGGAAGCAACCUCUAUCGUGCCGGAUCAUUUACUUCAAGGUGGAAUCGUAGAAAUAGUUUCGAUUUGCUUUGCCUCCUUUAUUUCGCAGAACGUAGGGACCCCUUCAUCGAUAAUGCACUAAAUACGUGAUACAUAUUCCGUUGAUUAACUUAAGACAGAGAAAUUAUGGAAGCGUGCGAGAAUCGCACACAAGAAAAUCGAGCACAGGAUGGCGAAUAUGGAUUCGUUUGGCAAGAUUAUCUUGAUGCCACAGAAAGUAUGGAAGUCCCGCAAAUUAUGUUUCCUCACGUCGAAUUGACACUGCAGAAUAAUAUUGAAAUUGGCAUGGCAUUAGAGGUACCAGUGCCAAAGAAUGAUAAUCAACAGGAGACAUAUUGGGUGGCAUACAUUGUCAUGGCCUGUGGGCCUUUAUUAAGAUUGCGUUAUUUUGGUGGUGAUGACAGGUCACUAGAGUUUUGGUUUAAUCUUAUGAAAGAAGCUGGCCAUGAAAUUGGCUGGAGUUUAAAAAACAAUAAAAAUUUAGAGCCACCUGCCUCUAUACUUGAAAGAUCACCAGAAUGCGUAGACAAGCUGCACGAGUUUCUUGUAACAGCACGUGCACUUCCAUCUGAGAUGUUAACGGGGAGCGGUCUCAGUAUGACGGACAGAAUUCAACAGGGUAUGAAGGUGGAGAUAAGCGAUGUUUUACAUCCGUAUAAAUUAUGGGUAGCUACGAUUAUUGAAAACAUUGGAGGACGUCUUUUGUUACAAUACGAUACGCCGGGUUCCUCCCGCAAAAAUUUCUGGAUAUUCUGCACAUCCGAGCGUCUACAUUCAUACGGAUUUACAUCUAAAUCGAAUUCUACAUGGUUCUUGGAACCACCCACUUCGAUAGUCGACUUGCACACAUAUGAAGAAUGGAAAGAUUUGCUAGAAUCCAAACCAAAGGAUUGCGAGCUACCGGAAGAAUUGUUUAAUAACAAUGUCGAUCAUCCGAAGCAUAGUUUCCAAGUUGGAAUGAAAGUGGAAGCCUUGUGUCCGGCAGGUCAAACAAAAAUCUGCCCAGCUACCGUAUCAAAAGUUUUUGACGAUACAUAUUUUCUUGUGAAUAUGGAUGCGUAUACUGGUUGCUCGAACGGACCCGAAGAUGCACCGGUAUCCAGUAAUUCGGAAAACAAUACGUGGCUGUGCACCGUAGAACAUCCAUAUAUAUUUCCAGUUGGAUGGGCAGAAAAACAUAAUAUCAAGAUUACUCAACCGCCAGGUUGGACCGGAAAGACUGAGAACUUUGACUGGAAUGAGUAUUUAGAAACGUUCCAUACUGGCGCAACACCCGAAAGCUUGUUUAGUGCUCGCGAGAGUGCUGCUGAAGCAGGCUUCGAAUGCGGCAUGAGACUGGAGGUUGUCGACCCAGAACACGAAGAUGUGAUAUGCGCCGCUCACAUCACUAAGAUCGUCGACAACCUCUUGUGGGUAAAAUUAGACAAUUACGAAAAUUGCCGGCCAGAUCAUGUGGUCGACAUGCAUUCCUUGAAGAUCUUCCCUGUUGGAUGGUGCGAGUCGAAUCACUAUCCGCUGAAACCACCAAGAGAUUAUGUCGAAGUGUGUAAAAAGCUGCAGACACCGGUAAAAGAGGAGAAGAACAAUAUCUUGGAUAUACCGAUAUCCGAGCCACGAUCUUCGCUCUGGUGCCCGAAGAUAUAUUUCAACUACCGUUGCUUCACAGGCCCGAUGAUCUCAAAGGGCAAACUAGCGACUCUUCCCAAGGCAGUAGGACCCGGACCAGUUGUAUUGGUUAUGCGGGAAGUCUUGUCCAUGAUUGUGUCCGUUGGCUAUAGAAGCGCUAGAAUACUGAAGGUACUUCAAUGCGACUCCAAACCAGAUCCCGGCUACCACUUGGAAGUCUUGAAGGCGAAGCACAAGAAUAACACCUACCGUGCGAACGUCGCCAUUGUUACGUCCGGGGAUAUGGUGGCGGAUUUUUGCCGGAGUAUAUGCAAGAAAUUGAUGGUGUGUCCAAAUUUAUUCGGCCCGCUACACGUCCCGGAAAACCAAUGUCCUGAUGAAUGCUAUAAAACAUCCAAGACAAAGUACACAGCUUCGGUUGGGACUGGAAAGAGAGGGAAACCGAAGGGAUACACGAGUAUCAUGGUGCAAAAGCCGAAGCCCUGGGGCAGAAGGCGUAAAAGGAGACGAGGCAGAUGGGCGAACAAACAUAAGGAGGCUCAUGACGAAGACGACCACGAGGAGGAAAUGCCGUUUAUGUCGUUGGAUCUGGCAAAGCAUGUCUCCGAGAGCCUCGAAGAAACAUACGAAGGAAGACAACCGCUCUCGGAAAUAGAUAUCAUGAUACAGAAAGGAUUAGAGAAGUCCGACAAAUCGGACGAUUUUAAGACUGAAACGCCUUCCAGCAAUGUCUCGGAAGAUUCUGGCAGUUCGUUCAACGACAGGAAGCCGAAAGACAGGGUGCCGUGCAGUCCGCCCAGUCUGAAUACUAAGCAACAUUCCACGAAAUUCAGCCAAAAUUCCGGGAUCAGGGGAAAUCUUAAGAGGGAACGAGAUUGGGACACGAGCAUAGAAUCCGAUUGCUCCGAGGCAGACGCCGAAUACGUGAGGAUGCAGAAAACGCAACGGCGACCGAAGACGCGAAAACUUGAAUCGAAUCCUUUAUUCUGGUCCGUAGACGAUGUGUUUCGGUAUCUUAGAAAAACGAGCGACUGCAAAGAUCUCGCGUAUCGCGUCAAGGAAGAAGAAAUCGACGGUCUCGCAUUUCUACUGUUGAAUCUUCCGUCUCUUACUCAACAUAUGAAAUUGCGAACAAGCUCAGCUAUGAAGCUGUGCCGGCAUGUGGAACAAGUUAAGGUCACAUUUUUCCUGCGGCAUAUUAAUGAAGCAAAGCCUGAGUAGUACCAAAUUGUCCAACUAAUUGUUUCGUGAUAUAAUUUUUUUCCUUCUAUCGUGACAUAUAAAUAUGUACAGUGCAAUGUGUACAGUUAUAUAUGAUCACGAAGUAAAGCAAAAAAACGUGUAUAUUAUAUUUAUAUAGCGUAACAUAUAUAUUAUUAAUUUAUGAUAUUGGAAUAUAAGAACAUUGUAUUUUUAAGUGUAAAUGUUAUUUUUAAGUAAUUAAGGAGUGAUACGCAAAAAACUGCAUGCUAUUUUAUUCAAACCAACAGUAUUUCUUGAUGCAAACUAAAUUUAUAUUGUCCCUAUUUAAUUAUUAUUGUUGUUAACUUUGUAAUUAAAGUAGCAGAUAUAAAAAGUAAAGCUGAUUUCUCAAUACUCAUUUAUGUUCGGCAGGUCACAAUGCAAAAACUAUAAUCAUUUUGAAUCA